AUGUGGCUCUACCGGGGCGCUCAAUCUGCCGUCUUCUACUACGUCACCUGCACUCCCUGUGCCAGUUCCCUUGACCGUCGCAAACGCAAGAAGGAAGCUGCCCGCUCACGGUCAGAAAGAGAGAAAUAUCAGAGUGAUGCCAUUGUUACCGACCAACCUCAACCUUUUCCGCAGCCAACUCCCUUUAGCACCAAUCAAGGAUGGAUGGAAGAACUCGCCCUCGGACCCGGACCUCCAAAGCGGCGCGGACAUCGGACUACUGCUCAUCACCGCGUGGAAAGUUGGGACACUGGUGCCUGGUCUACCACAUCCGGCCAGGACCUCGAUCUCUCUGAUUCUACGUCACCGAGGAUUAGCAAGAUCGGAUCCAGACAUCUAGGUGACCGAUUCAACCGCAUGCUACGGUACCAACGUGAAGACGAGCCGCUUUGGGGAGAAGACGUAGAGGUCAAGGGUUCGUCGGUUGGACUCUCUGGCCGGGGUAGGAUAGACGCUCGAGCUCCUAGCAAAUACUAUAUCCCGCGUGUGCCACCGGUCAAUGACCUUCACCCGCCAAUCGUGAGCGGUCCCAAAAGUAGAGCCGAGACUCGAUGGAUGCUUCAACCUCCACCAAGCGCCAGAGUCAUGGCUGGAAAGGAGCUCAGUCCUACCGUGGUUCGACCAACCAAUUACAGCAGUCUGCGCGGGGAUAGUGACAGGCGCACCCAUACACUGCCUCCUUUAACAACUGACGCUCCCAAAAGAUCUCCACAAGCUUCACCUUCUUUUCCCUUGCGUUCCCCGAGUACACCAGGGAAAACACCGCAGAUUCUUCCCCGUCCGCCGUCGCCCAGUUACUUCGCGUAUGGAAAGGACGAGUCCCACUUCGUCAUUGCGUCCUCUAUUUACUCAGCAUCAGAUUCUUGCUCGACGUUGUCCUCGGUUGAUUCAGAUUUCGAGUCGCCCGAUACUCCCAUAUCGCGACCUGUUUCCAAAGGAGUCAGCGAACAUCGCGAACACCCUCGUCCGUUGAUAUCACGGGCUUUGACUACUGUGCAGCAUGAAAGCAAAAAGGUCCAUUUACUACGCUUUGAGCUUCAAGAACAGCAUGAUAUCGAGGAAGGUCAAGUCAAACGAGUGCGCCCAUGGCGGUGGAGCAUGGAUAUUUGA